AUGCAUCCAAAGAAGGCGGAGAACUUCGAGGUCGCUAUCAUUGGUGCAGGUAUCGUAUAUGGAUGGUAUGGCCUGGUCGCCGCUAGGACCUACCUUCGUCUGCGGCCCGCGGCCAACCUGCUCAUCAUCGACAGCGAUAGCACCGUUGGGGGUGUCUGGAGCCAAGAUAGAGUGUAUCCAAACCUUGUCGCCCAAGUUAAGCUCGGGCUGUUUAACUACACGGAUACACCUAUGCCACCCAAUGGAGGCAAUGCCAAAGACGAAAGUGUAACUGGAGACAUGAUCCAUAACUAUCUUCAACGGUACGCAGAGGACCACGACUUGUUGCGCCGCAUUCGCUUCAACACAUUCGUCAGCCACGCGGCUCGUUGUGCUGGUGGAUGGCGUUUGACGUUCAAGGAUUCGGAUGACGUGAUCGAAACGGAGAAGCUGCUUGUCUGCACCGGCGUCACUUCCAUCCCCCGCAUGCCAGAGUACCAGGGAGGGAGCGUGUCGAUACCAGUGAUUCACUCGCGUGACUUGGGAAGCUCUUUUCCUAUGCUCCAGAAGGAGGCCGUGGAAAGUGUGGUAGUAGUUGGGGCCGCUAAAUCUGCCUACGAUGCCGUCUACUUGCUCCUGUCGAUGGGCAAGAAGGUGACUUGGAUCAUUCGGCGCGAGGGUGCAGGGCCUCUUGCAAUUCUGCCAUUCAAGGUCCUGGGUCUCAUGAACUCCAUUGCGGUGGCCUCGACACGUCUCAUGACAUAUCUGAGCCCUUCGAUCUUGAACACAAAUGGCGCCUUGUACUGGGCUCUCCAACGAACUUCCCCAGGGCGCUGGUGUGUCGGGCGGUUCUGGGAUACUCUCACCUAUCUGAGCAACGCCCAUGCCGGUUACUCAAAAGGCGAUCAUGUUGAGAGCCUGAGACCCGAAAUCGAUCGGCAAAGUGUCUUUUGGGCAAACUCGGGUUUGGGAGUCGUCACCCUCCCCGACUUCUGGCCUACUUUGCACAGUCCGAAUCUCACCGUCCUUCGUGAUGCGAUCGAGACCAUCAAGGGAGACCAGCUCUCCCUUCAGUCCGGCCAGACCUUGCGUACGGACUACCUAGUCUUAUGUACAGGCUGGGGCGAUCAUUUCGGCAUGUUUGAUACCACAACCAAAGCGGAACUGGGCCUUCCCCUGGACUCUUCUGCUGUUCCCUCUUAUGAUGAUGGCGUUGAAUGGGAGCGAUACGACGCGGAGGCGGAGAAGGCCGUCGAUCAACGUCUGCCCUUCCUCGCCGUCCCGCCAAACCUCAAAUAUACGCCCAAGCUCAAUUCUCACCGCUAUUGGCGGCUUUACCGUCGUGCGAUCCCAGUCUCGCUGGCGCAGAAAGGCGACAGAUCCCUCGCAAUUCUCGGCCAAAUUCACACUGUGCAGACUCCUCUGUUAUCCGAGGUGCAGUCCUUUUGGAGUAUCCUGUACCUGCUUGGAGAUUUGAACGUCCCUGAUAUAGACGAGAUGGCGCAGGAAGUGUCGUUGUGGAACGCCUGGACCCGGAAAAGGUAUUUGACUCAAGGACACAAGUUUCCAUAUUCGCUUUAUGAUUUUUUACCGUACGUCGACACAUUAUUCCGGGACCUGGGCCUAAACAGCCAUCGCAAGUCUAACGCAGUGGCUGAGCUAUUGGAGCCGUACAAGCCCGAGGACUUUGAUGGGUUUAUUGAUGAAUAUAUCGCAAAAGGAACGGUGGGAAAAUCAGAGCUCGUAUGA